AACGUUUGGCUGUAGUGCGGUGUUGUUAUAUAUAUUUAGCUCGUGACACGAAUACGAUCUAUCGUUUUAGACCCAAAGGUGAUCGAGUCCACAAAAUGGAGGCGGACAAGAUCCGGUGGGUAGCAAGCAAUACAAUUAUUAUUAUUUUUAUUUACUUAUCUAUUAUGGGUGUAAAUGGUUCGGAUACUUGGCAAAAACCCGGUUGCCAUAAAGUAGGCCAUACAAGAAAAAUAAGUAUUCCAAAUUGUGUGGAGUUUCGUAUAACGACUAAUGCAUGUAGAGGCUAUUGUGAAUCAUGGGCAGUUCCUUCACCAACUGAUACACUUAUUAUAAAUCCUCACCAGAGUAUUACAUCAGUGGGACAAUGUUGUAACAUUAUGGAUACUGAAGAUGUGGAAGUGAACGUGUUAUGUUUGAAUGGCGUCAGAAAGUUGGUGUUCAAAUCAGCCAUCAGCUGUUCUUGUUAUCAUUGUAAGAAAGAAUGAUAUCCGUGAAUUGCGUUAAUCUUGAAUAAAAUUCAUGCUUCAAGACACUUACAUAUAUAUAUUUUUUCACAUAGAAUUUUCUAACAACGAAAAUUGAUGAAUAAAAUAUAAUUUAGUUACCUGUACUAAUGUUACAUUCAGUUGUCUGUAUUAACAUUAAUGUAAUUUUAUUGCAUACUCUUUUUCUUCACAAUACCUGAAUUAUAGUAUUUAAAAUUAUCUAUUUAUAUUAUUUUAUUGUUGUUUUCAUUUUAAAACAUCUAAAUGAUCUACAUA